AAGAACUGUACUUGUGGACUGGCGGAGCAACUGGAAGCCGAAAAAAUGUCCCAACCUCGCCGCAACGGUUGCGGGAAUUGUGCGCUUGGGGAUGCGUUCCGUUGCUCCACAUGUCCGUAUUUGGGAAUGCCUCCAUUUAAACCGGGUGAAAAGAUAAAGUUGGAAACGGUGGACGACUUCUGA